UCCAGCCUUAUCUGGUUAGGCCUGAGUUGAAAGCAAGUUGGUGACAUGCUGACAUGGUUCCCGGGUUACUCAGUAACCUUGCCCUCUUUAAAAAUCCCACUGUUUCCCCCUGGCAUCCAGAACCGACCGCUUCUCCCUCCUGGGCACUGCUGCCAUGAAUACCUUCCUGCUCUCUGCACUGUGCCUCCUCGGGACCUGGGCAGUCCUGGCAGGGGGAGUCACCGUACAGGAUGGAGAGUUCUCUUUUUCUCUGGAGUCAGUGAAGAAGCUCAAAGACCUUCGGGAGCUCCAGGAGCCCAGCAUUCGGAACCGUAGGAAGAGUGGUGGGCCCGUGGUUCCCAUAGCCUGCAGCCACCAGAAGUUUCCCGAAGAACUCAAGCCUCUCUGCAAGGAGCCCAAUGCCCAGGAGAUCCUCCGGAGGUUGGGGCCGCCAGGGUGGAGUGAGGGAGGAAAGGUCUUCCUUCCAUCUAGAGCUGGCCAGAGGGUCCUGGGGAGCCCAGGAAGCGGGGCCUGGGCAUGCCUCUUACACUCUCCGGGCUGGAGUUUCCCUGCUGACUCUGUGGACAGCAUCAACUGACAGGGUGGCCGUGAAGAGAGAAGACCAGCAAAGGGACUGACACAGGCCUGGCACUUAGUAGGUGCUCAAUAAAUGCCAGUAAGUCGCUAUUG